GCAAUGGUCUUAAAAACUGUCAUAUCCCUACGAAAACAUAAAUUUUGUUGGCCUGUGUAAUUCUUCCUCUAUCGUUUCAAACAACUAAAAUUGGAAAUAAAAGCCGCUAAAUCGUUUCGACACUGACCUUUGAGCCGGUACAACGUCUGGAAUCGUGGAUGGAUCGUAGCGAUAUAUAUGAAUCAGCCGAUAGAGCCCAUGCAAAUCUUUGGAAGUGGGGACUUCGUAGUAGUGGUCACUAUCGGGAAUUGGGAAUCGAUAAGCAAUCUGUGCUGAUAGUAAGGAAUACAAAAUAUUUAGCUCAUUUAAUUGGUGGUCGUCGGCUCGGCGAAGCUUUAGUUGCACUUAGUGUUCCACCAUGAAUUUCCUGCUGCGCUUUAUAGUCUUCUGCCUGGAUCCUCUGGGACUGGGACGCCGCUUCUUCAUCCGUCCGGCCUUGAAUCUUGGCUGGAACGUGUAUGAUCGCGUGCGGAGCAAGGCAGAUGAGAAAGUAGGCACGGUGCGGGAACUGGUCCUUCGGCUGGGACUUAUCGCCUUCGCCGUAGUGCUAAUCAUCUGGCUGGCGGUCUUCAUGUACGCCGCCUUCUAUUACGUCUACAUGCCGGCUAUAUCGCAUACACGACCCGUCCACAUGCAAUUUAAAACCUGCUUAGAGACCAGCACGCCCUGCACCUUUCCGCAUGCCCACGUCUCGCUGACGAAAAAGCAACAGUUGCUGAUGGUUGGUCAGGCUUAUAAGGUGAUUGUGAACAUCGAUAUGCCGGAAUCGCCACAAAAUCUGGAACUUGGUAUGUUUAUGGUGUGCGCCGAGAUGAGGGACUACGAUUCGUUGCUGAGAGGUCACUCCUGCCGAUCUGCAAUGAUGCGUUAUCGAUCGCCACUGAUUCGCAUGAUCUCCACAUGGGCCUGGAGUCCGCUCUAUGUACUUGGCUGGAAGGAGGAAUUCCAGCAGGUCCCUGUAGAGAUAUUUUCACGGUAUCUCGAGGAGCGACAGCAUCCCAUUACGGAUGUCUAUGUGGAGAUACAAUCGCAGAAGAUUCAGUUUUAUACGGUGACUUUGCAUAUAGUUGCCGAUUUUACCGGUCUCCGGUAUAUCAUGUUCAACUGGCCAGUGCUGUCGGCCAUAGUGGCCAUUAGCACCAAUCUAUUCUUUAUACUGGUCAUCUUUCUGCUCAGCUGGUACCACUGGUCCGACGCCAGGUGGCUGCACAGCGUGCAAAUCAAAUACGCCCGGCUCACGAAGUCGCUGGAACCCGGCGUAAUCCUCUCCAAAGCGAGCAGCCUGCGGGAUGAUGAUGAUCUCGUUGCUUAUGGUGAUAAGUCCGACAUAGCGGACGUGGGCGGAGAUACACUUAGCGAUGUGGAUGCCGAUGAUUUGGUGUUGGUUAAGAAAUCUGGCAGUGGCAAACCGGAUUCCCAGGAUGCACUGCGAAAGCGUCAUUCGAAGAAGACCACUGCGGACCAUUAAGAAGAGGAGGGGCUGAGAUAAAAGAGGGACCACCAUUUACCACCGAAGCUGAGACCACCGCCCAUGCGACGCUUGAGCCAAAGACUAAAUAGAUUAUAGGACUAAAUUAGUGAGCACAGCUGCCUUGUGAAGCAUUCUGACGGAUAUAUCCAUUAAGCAGCCCAAUUAGUUCAACAUUAGUUUAUUUAAGUGGUGGAUAUUUUAUAUAUUUAGAAUUUAUAGGUGUUUUUGACUUUCUGUUUGACAGGGUCGAGGAACAUUUAAGAAUAAUUCAUUCCAUUUAAGUUGAGGAUGUGUAAAUAAUCUUUCUUGUAAGCUUUAUAACCCAACGAAACGUGUCAUAAGUGAACGAAUUUGAAGAACAUUUUUUGUAAAUAUUAAACUGUUUCUGUUAAAGUUUAA